AUGAAAAAAAGAACUCGGAGAAUAAAUCCCUGGUAUUAUGAACCACAUGUGAAUUGAUAAAAUAUUCAUCCUGGACUGAUAUUGACUUCUACCACGUCAAAUUAGGAUCUCCUCCUGCGUCAGACAAUAACUUUCUUCUCGCGAUAUUGUAUAGAUGGCAUAGGUCGACGAGAUUCUCGAAGAUGGGUGGUUUCGAAUCGAUUACGAGCCGGCGGAGGCGAUCACAAACGAGAAGGCGAGUUUGGAAGACGUCUACCAGGCAUUCCAUAGGAUUGGAGUAUCUUCAAGAAGCUUCACUAAAACCACCCCAAAUCUUGACCGUCAAUUCCAAAAUGAAGACCUGGGGAGAAUACUGGACAGGAGACGCUCAAAACAGAAGAGACGAGGAAAAUCCAGUCACCCCGUUUCGUCAACGCUUUCCAACUCAUAGCCAUGUCCAAUCAUCUUGACUUAUCAGGCCUCCUCGAAGAGCAGGUGAUUGCAGGAUCCUCGGCUCGUUUCCUCCGCGCCCCUUUUUGCUCCAUUCACUAACGUGUGGGCUCGCCGUCUUCUUCCACGAGGAAUAGAAGACGAAGCUUGGUUCAAGGCACCCCAUGACCGAGACAAUAGAGAAGAUUGAGGUCGCAGCCAAGGAUGCCAGCCUCUCCGUGGAAAGGACGAACAGCUCAAAGGUAGGAGAAGAUCAUCUCUCUAGUCGAGAAAUUGAUACUUGUCACACUCGCCGUCACCCUUUUUGGUCUAUAUUUUAUCGUAGAAAAGUAGCUAUUGAGAAACAUAGGUUUGCUUCACGAAAAGUAUUACUGAUUUGAAAUCAAUCGAUGACAGGUUUUUUUAUUAUAUUAUUUGAGUAACCUUUUGAUUUAUAGUUACCCAAAUAGUUUAUAAAAUGUAUAAGUGCGUCAACGGGCCAACUGGGCCUGGGCCUUGAGAUCCCUCUAUCCAGCCCCAUCUUCUACAAAGCUCAGAUACCAAAAAAUGCCCAGCGUAUUAGAUCUGCACCUGUUCUCCAUGAAGACCCAAAUGUGCAUGACUUAGCUCUUUGUAUUUAGCUCCUCAUGGGAAGAGUGGGAGAGAGAGAGAGAGAAAGAGAAGAGAGAUACAAAAUCAGUGACUGUAGAACUUGCAAGUGAGAAAACCAACUGUAGAGUUCUAGGCUGGAUCAUGUCAAGUUCUGGAUACAGUCCACAAAAGGACCGGAUCAAUCAUAUUUUCUUCGUAGGCUGUAAGUCUCGAGAAAAACUGAUAGGGCAUCCAGGCUUCUAACUCACACAGACCAUCUAAGACUACACAGAUUUUAUCACUCGUUUCUUUCAAAGAAUGAACAAUCGCCGCCUUCCUGAGAAACGCAGGUCAAGCUCCAUGCUCCUCAGAAACUGACGAGGUCCAUAUCUCAGAACACAGUAUCUGCAGAGGUGUAUAUAUAGUGUCUCCCCAAAGAAACGACGAUCCAUCUCGUUUCUCGACAAUUUACACUUACAGGUGAUCGAGGUGACGCCUACCCACUGCAUGAUUGAGGUAUCCAGGUCCAGCUCUACUGGGGAGAUCAGAUCCUACAAAGAGGUAUUGAGAAGUCCCAUGCUCUACAGUUAAUAUGCUGUUACGGAUUGAAGGAACGAACUCAUCGCCUUGCUCCUGGCUCAACUGGGCAGUUCUGCAGAAGCUUGUCGAGUAUUCUGAAGUGA